AUGUUCACCAAACUGAUCUGCAUCGCCGCUCUGGCCAUCUCGUGUGCUUCGGCCAAGCCAGGAUUUUUGGCCGGUGCCCCGGUGGCUUAUGCCGCUGCGCCGACCGUCCUGUCCGCCGGUCCCGCCGUCGUCACCGCCCAGAGCUCGCAGGUUGUGGCCCGCAACUACAACGGAAUUGCGCCGCUAGCGUACACCGCACCGGCCGUCGCCUAUGCCGCCCCAGCCGUCGCUAAGGUUGCGGCACCGCUGGCUUACGCUGCUCCGGCACCGCUCGCCGCGACUUAUGCGGCUGCACCGCUGGCCGCUCCGUACGCUGCUGGGUUUGCGGCUCCUUUCGCAGCACCGUUUGCUGCGGCGUACGCGGCCCCAUAUGCGGCGCCGUACGCUAGAGCGUUCGCUAGUCCGCUCCUUGCCCGCUCGCCCUACCAGCUGUGGUGA